AUUCGUUAAAAAUAUCAGCGUCGGUUAAUUGACAGCCAAAUUGUUAGCGGUUAUUUAUUUAUUUAAUUUUGUAUUUAUUUCAAGUUAUUUUUAAAAAUUAAUGUAAACAAAGGUUAGAAAUGAAUUGCAAUCCAUGUCGAAAUGAAGCUGCAGUUGAUGAAAUAUGUCCGAAGAAAGUAGAUGUUCUGAAUAAAACGAACAAGUCACAAUUGUCACCAUUAUCCUCGCCGAAGCAACUUGUUCAACAAGAUCCUUUGAGAUUUGUUAGUGGAGAAAAGAAGAAAUCAAGACGAUGGCGGUGUAAGGCACUGAAGGAGAAAAAAUAUGGAAGCGAUCAAAGCAAGGUUGUCGGGACACCGAGUUUAGGACAUCCUGUUGGGGUAGCCGUUGCGACUUUCAAUAUCAGCGAUUUUUUAGAAAAUGGAUGCCAAGAAGGAGAACCCAUUCAAAAUAGCAGAAAAGUCUUAUUGCUUCAAGGAUACGCAACGUGCCUCAUUGCUUUUGGUGAGACAUAUAUAGACCCCGAGGAAGAAUGGAAUGAACAUGUUUUGAAUCGUAUUCUAAAGGAGGGUAGGUGUCACUUUGAAAAGUCUGUGAAAGGAUUCGAAGGGGAUCUGAAGGAGGUUGAUCAAAUCUCCAAGUGCUUCAGCUUAUGCAGGAAUGGAAUGGAGGUUGGAGUCUCCUUGCCUAUAAUUGUAGGCGUAAUGAAAUGCUCUAGUCCUCGAGUCUACAGCUUUCGAACAGCAAUCUGUAUGUUUAUGCGGAGAUAUAAGUACUGUCUUGUCCGUGUUGAGGACCAUUUCUAUCUGAUCUGGAAGAAAUCCUGUGCAUAUUUCCUCUUUGAUUGUUAUGGAAGGACAGUGAACUGUCAAAGUGAUCCCAAGCGUGGAUAUGCAGCCUUGAUCUGCGUUAGUAAGAUCUAUGAAAUUGACGUGCUACUCACUCACAUGGGCCGAUUGAAGCCGGAAUCCCCGUACACAUUAUACGAAAUAAGGAUGAAACGACUCAUGCCAUGUUGCGAACAGCCUAUGAUUUGUGGUGGUUUGAGUCGCCAACCUCACUUUGAGAUGAUAUCUAACGAUCACGCUAGAAUUCAAGGAACAUAUCAUCUGGCAGCGGAUUGCUUCAAGGAGAGCCGAUAUAAGCAAGGAAUUGCGAUCGGCCUGAUCUCCAUUAUAUACUCCAAAAUCGAUCCUCCUUGUACUUGGGAUGCCCCAAUUGUUGAUAAAAUAUUAGUCAUGGGAGAUCGGUGCUAUAAAACUUGGACGGGUCAUAUUGCAGAAAAGUGUCUGAAUAUCCAAGAUAUUCCCAAAAAAUUUUUGGUGGGACAAUUCCUUGCAGAUAUCCUGAUUUUCCCAAUAGCGGCGUGUGGUAAAUGGAUUAACCUCCCGGACUACCAGGCCUGCGAAAUCACGCAGAAUAUUAAGAACUUUUUCAACAAAUUGAAUUUUUUGAAUAUUUUGGUGCAGAUCGAUCGGCGGACUUAUGCCGUUUGGAAGCGGAACGAUUACUACUAUCUUUUUGAUCCAUAUCCCCGUGACCUCUUGGCCGCAACUAAAAAAGAUGAAAGGAAGAAUGCGACGCUUCAUAUGUUCAAUAAUCUGAGACUAUUAUGCUGCGUACUUACUCAGGAGGUUAUACAGUACUCAACCCCUUGCAUGUUUUAUAUUCAUGUGGUCAAAAUUCUGGGUUUAAGUAAAGUCAAUUUCCAGUCUUUGCCAGAAGAUACAUCUUGUUCCUGUGUAAGUCCAGAAUUCAGUAUGGACAUUGCAGAGACUGCAUCUUUAAAUGAAUCGGUUUACGAUAUCUUUUGUGAAGAAAUGCUAAAAUGCACAAAGGAUGAAUACGACAUUGGUUAUUGUGACUUGGAUGUUCCACCAAUGUCUGAACUUCAGCAAGUUACAGAAAUUGAAGAAACGAAGAGCGAUUUGUCAAUAAUAUCUGAAGAUGAAGGCUUAGGUGAAGAGGGAGAGGAAGGUGAAGAAGGAGAGGAGGAAGAGGAAGAGGAAGAAGAGGGCAGUGGGGAUGAGUCUGGCGAAACUGCAGGGAAAGGGAAGAAGCCGGGUAAGGGUAAGGGUAAAGGUAAAGGCAAAGGCAAAGGGAAAAAGCCAGGCAAAGAAAAAGGAUCAGAUACUGACACUGACGAUGAUGAUGAUGAAGGAAAAGGGAAAGGUAAAGGCAAAGGAAAGGACAAGUCUAGUAAAGGUAAGCCUGGGAAGGAUAAGAGCAAAGGUAAAGAUAAAGGAAAGGGAAAAGGAAAAGGCAAGGGGAAAGGCUCGGACGAAUCCAGUGAUGAAGAAGAAAGACCCGGCAAAGAUAAAAACAAGGGCAAAGGCAAAGACAAAGGCAAAGGCAAAGACAAGGGUAAGGGUAAGGGCAAGGACAAAGGCUCGGAGGAAUCCGGUGACGAAGAAGGAAAGCCCGGGAAAGGGAAAGACAAUGGCAAAGACAAAGGCAAGGGCAAGGAUAAGGGUAAAGACAAGGAUAAAGUCAAAGGGAAAGAUAAGGAUAAAAACAAAGGCAAGGAAAAAGGGAAGGAUAAAGACAAAGACAAAAGCAAGGGGAAAGAUAAGGGCAAAGGCAAAGAUAAGGACAAAAGUAAAGGAAAACCGGGUGAAACUGAAGAUACUGACGAAUCAUCCUCAGAAGCAAGUUCUACUACAGAAAAAGGUAGUAGUGAUAAUUUUAUUGAUUCAACUUCAGGUGUAGAAAUACAGGGAUCCAGUGAAGAUAAGGGAGGUGCAAGCGAAGAGCCAGGAUGUCUUCCAAACAGCUAUCCGGGUUAUAUGCAUAUACCUCAAAACCUGGCAGUUGUGGGAUCUGAAGCCGGAACAUAUCAAAGUUUAUGUCAAUUAAUUAGGUCCGGAUUCCAAGUGACCGAUCGUAUUCUUACAAUGACCCCGUGGGGAAAAUAUGUUGUAUUCAGAAAUAAGGCCAGUUACCUUCUUUAUGAUGGUUGCACAUGUAAUCCAUGCCGUUUUCGGCAUAUCGAUUUGAGUUUAGGCACUGCUGGCCUUUUAUGUUUUAACUCUAUGCAUGGCUUGAUAAUGGAAAUAUUGAAAGGUAAAAAUCGGCCAACUCCCGAACAGGUGAAGAUAUUAAAUGUAGAUGAUAUUUGUAAUCAAUAUGCUUGAUUAUUGUUAUGAAAAAUAAGCGGUUCUUUUUUCAAAAAUGUGAAUGGUCAAUAAAUUAUAUAAAUGAAGAA